ACAUAUCAAACACCUUGCAACAUUGGUAUUUUUUUCAUUGCUUAAUCCCUCCAAAUUCAUCAAAAUUCAGCUUUGCUGAUCAAUUUGGAUUGCACCCCAAUUCAUGGAGAGCACCGACUCGUCCACCGGCGGCUCUCAAAGGCCUAACCUCCCACCGGGGUUCCGGUUCCACCCCACCGAUGAAGAGCUACUUGUUCACUAUCUCAAAAGAAAGGCCUCCUCUGCUCCUCUCCCAGUCGCAAUCAUCGCUGAAGUUGAUCUCUAUAAAUUCGAUCCAUGGGAGCUUCCAGCUAAGGCGACGUUCGGGGAGCAGGAAUGGUACUUCUUUAGUCCUAGGGACCGGAAGUAUCCGAACGGGGCGAGGCCGAACAGAGCAGCAACUUCAGGGUAUUGGAAGGCAACUGGUACUGAUAAGCCAAUAUUAUCAUCUGGGGGUACACAAAAAGUUGGUGUGAAAAAGGCACUUGUGUUCUAUGGAGGUAAGCCACCUAAAGGAAUCAAGACCAGUUGGAUUAUGCAUGAGUACAGGCUUGCAGACAACAAACCCAGUAACAAACCUCCAGGAUAUGACUUGGGAAGCAAGAAAUCAUUGAGGCUUGAUGAUUGGGUGUUGUGUAGAAUUUACAAGAAGAACAACACUAACAGACCAAUGGAUCAUGAGAAACAAGAUUUGAUGGAGGAUUUGAUUGGAUCGAUACCGCCUUCGAUAACGAUCGGGAGCUGCAAUCAGAAUGCAAAAUUGAUGAUGUCAAGUCAUGACCACAACCUGUUCGAUGGAAUGACUAGCAGUGAUAAUAACUCUAUGUCAAAACAACCAGAUCAGUUUCCUUUGCUUCCUCUUAAAAGGGCUUUCCCUUCUCUGUACUGGACCGAUGAGGCCGCGGCCGACCCUUAUUCUUCGAGCAAUAAAUUUCAAGGUGAUGAUCAUCAUACCAACAACAAUGAAGGAGGAGGAGGAAGUUCAAUGGCUACUCUGCUUAGCCAACUACCACAGACACCUCCAUUGCACCAACAGACAAUGAUGGGGUCUCUUGGAGAUGCCAUUUUUAGGCCUCCAUAUCAACUUCAAGGCAUGAAUUGGUAUUCAUAGUUCCAAUUUAACCUCCUAUGGUGAUAUUAUAUAUAAGUUUCAAUACUACUAUUUUGACCAUUCAGUAGUAGUGUAAUUGGUGUCAAACUUGGGAACUAGGGAUUGCGAUUUUGGUUGCCAGAUAGGGAAGACAAUAGAGAGAUUCAUAAACUAUAUAUAUACACACACAUACAUAUAUAAGUGUGUGUUUGAAUUUCUAGGUAUAGAUGCAUAGGAAAAUCAAUGAUGUGUAGAAAAAUAAAACCCCAUUGGAUAUAUUGUGAUGUAUUUUUUGCUUGAAGAUAUAACCCCAUCAUAUACAAUUUAUACAAUUAAUUUAACAUGGUUUGU